AUGAAGCCGACGGAAGACUACACGAAACAUGCCGAUUUUUAUCGAGAACAAGAAAAAGGUUAGGCUAAAACUGUACGAUUUCCUAUGCUGAGCCCAAUUUUUCCAGAAACGUGCCCUCCCGCGCCUCUAAUUUGCGAUGGAAACGUCCAGAAAAAGAACAGGAAGAAGCAUGCGUAUUCAGAUCCUGACUCUCCGUCUGGAGACGUAAAGGCAAAGCGGCGGAGAGUAGAAGAACCGGAGGAAACCGGCUGUCGCAUAUGCCAAACACCCGGAGAACUCGUCGAACUUGCGGACUGGUGGCACAAACUUCUCGUGUUCUACGUCAAUCUCCGUCAGGAUUUCCUUAACCUCCAGCGAGACGCGUGCCCACUCGCCGCUCGCUAUUCGGCGCUUUUGAACGACGAAACCCGCCAGGUCAAAGUGUGUCGGCUGCAUCUGGAGGCAGCCGGCUGCGAGCUCCUCGAGUUGUUCCACGCGACCGUUCCGAUGGAGGUCAUGAGCACGCAAAAAGCAGUGGUGAAUCGAGUCAUCCGACAGAUCCGCGAUACGCUCGUACUACAACGCCCGCUGACUUUACACGAGUUUCUGAAGAAUACGUCAAGUUUUGUGACAAAAUAUGAGCGGCAGUGUCGGCCCAAACACAUUGACACCAGCGAUUUGGCGGAGAGUUUGAACGACGUGGCCGCUGAAAAGUACGCGGUGCCGAUGGAGUGGAAAGAGCCGAACUCGCAGUGUGUCAUUUGCAACGAGAAUAGCGCAAAGGUGACCGAAGUCGAGCCCUGGUUCCAUCGGAUCAUCGCCCUCGUGACGGAAGUUCGCCGCAAAGCCAUCAAGAUCAGAACGGCGAGCCUCGUUUUCGACACUAAAGAUGUUUGAUUUUCAUCUCUUACCACAAGCAUCACUAUUUUUCCUUCCAGACGCUUCCAAUGUGCCAAGAACACCUUCACACGGCUGCCAGAAGUCUGCUCACAAUGCUCGGCGCCUCGGAACCGCACCAGAUUCGAACCGCCUCAAAACGAGACGUCACACUGCUCAUGGGCCAAAUGUCGACGUUCGAUAUGGAAGUGAAAGACAUGCUGCCGGUGAACAUACUCGAAUGUGCUCGCAGAUUCACCGAAGAAUUCUUCCGGCCUGCGAUGGAGACAUAA